AGAGGUAGAGCGUGAGGCUGGCCCGCCGCUGGUUGGACGGCGCGUGAACAUCUGGGGUCGCAGCGGCAGGCGGCAGCGGGCCGGUGGCGCCGUGCUGCUCGGGCAUGGCGUCGGAGAAGCCGCUGGUGGCCGUGACCUGCACCGCGCCGGUCAACAUCGCGGUCAUCAAAUACUGGGGAAAGCGAGAUGAGGAGCUGAUCUUGCCCAUCAACUCCUCUCUGAGUGUCACUUUGCACCAGGACCAGUUAAAAACCACCACGACGGCUGCCAUCAGCAAGGACUUCACCGAGGACCGGAUUUGGCUGAAUGGCCGGGAGGAGGACGUGGGGCAGCCACGCCUGCAGGCCUGCCUGAGGGAGAUUCGCCGCCUGGCCCGGAAGCGGAGGAGCGCUGGUGACGAGGACCCGCUGCCCCUCAGCCUCAGCUACAAGGUGCACGUCGCGUCGGUGAACAACUUCCCCACGGCUGCAGGCCUGGCCUCCUCAGCAGCCGGCUAUGCCUGCCUAGCCUACACCCUGGCCCAGGUCUACGGGGUCGAGGGCGACCUCUCAGAAGUGGCUCGCCGGGGCUCGGGCAGCGCCUGCCGCAGCCUGUACGGCGGCUUCGUGGAGUGGCAGAUGGGGCAGCGGGCCGACGGGAAGGACAGCGUUGCCCGGCAGGUGGCCCCUGAGUCGCACUGGCCCGAACUCCGAGUCCUCAUUCUCGUGGUGAGUGCCGAGAAGAAGCUGACGGGCAGCACGGUGGGCAUGCAGACCAGCGUGGAGACCAGCCCCCUGCUCCGGUUCCGGGCCGAGGCGCUGGUGCCGGCGCGCAUGGCGGAGAUGGCCCGCUGCGUCAUGGAGCGGGACUUCCAGGCCUUCGGCCAGCUGACCAUGAAGGACAGCAACCAGUUCCACGCCACCUGUCUGGACACCUUCCCGCCCAUCUCUUACCUCAACGACACCUCCAGGCGCAUCAUCCACCUGGUGCACCGCUUCAAUGCCCACCACGGGCAGACCAAGGUGGCAUACACGUUUGACGCGGGCCCCAACGCCGUGAUCUUCACCCUGGACGAUACCAUGGCUGAGUUUGUGGCUGCUGUGAGGCACAGCUUCCCCCUUGAGUCGAAUGGAGACAAGUGUCCUGCCUCCCGUUCCAGGUUUCUGAAGGGGCUGCCCGUGAGGCCUGCCCUGCUCUCAGACGAGCUGAAAGCUGCACUGGGCAUGGAGCCUACCCCCGGCGGCAUCAAAUACAUCAUCGCCACUCAGGUGGGGCCCGGGCCUCAAGUCCUGGACGACCCCCACGCUCACCUCCUGGGCCCCGACGGCUUACCAAAGCCAGCUGCUUGACCGUCGCCUCCGCAGGAGCCCUGGCCGCUGCUUGGAGAAGGGGCCGCUUCGUUGGGACUGGGGAGCCAGGUGUGGCGGCCGCCGGGCUGUGCUUGCUGGGACUUGUGGGUGGCCACCUGGCUCUGGGCUGGGCAGUGGGCUGUGGCCGAGUUGGGGCAGGGGAGUGGCCACCUGCAGGUGUCCAGGCGGUCAGGAGCGGGCCCCCCAUCACGUGCCUCACCUUUCCUGGCCUGCGCCCAGCGCUUUGCCGGGAUAGAAGCUGGGAUCAGGAUCCAGACCUGGAGGAUCGAGCCAACGGCGGGUGGAGCUGCCACUGCCCCCUAGGGAAGGGAUCUCUGGCCCCGUGCUCUGGGGCCACUCCCACUGCCCCGGAACAGCAGCUUGAUCAGUGGAGACGAGGGGGAGUCGGGCAUCCAUCCUCGGAGCUGGAGGACAGUCACCGUGCAGGGAGCAGCAGCCUCCGCAGGCCUCUGGAAACCUCUCCCAAGUGCUCGCAGCAUGGUGGCUGCCCAUGGCUCCUCUGCCCAACUGGGGACCGGACUCAAACUCGGGCCAUGAGGUGUGGAUGGACCGUUUCUUUAUAAGAAGACCAGUGGCGUGUCUCGGGUGGGAGGCGGGAGAGCAGCACCAAGGUGCGAGCUGGCAAUAAAGCUGGUGUGGCUGA